AUGUCACCUUCACUGAUUCCCACCACCACCACCACCACUUCUGAACAAUUUAAAUUAGUCCAUUUAACUGACCAAGAAAUCAUUGAUUUCACUAGAUUUCAAAACAGUCUUGCUUGGAAAGGAUGCUUGUCAGAAAAAGAUUAUGUCUUGAGAGAAUACGUUUUGAGUAAAUCAAAAAUCACCUCGUCGGGGAAUAACAAGUUGUAUGUGUACAUGUUGAAAUCGAGCUACAAUGAUGGUGAUAAUGAUGAUGAGCCACUUUGUUCUAUUGAGUUACUUGUUCGUGAUAGUUUGAAAUUUGAAUACGACAAAGAUGCAAGGGGUCAUGUGAAACAGACCAACGUCCUUAGUGGAUGCAUUGGUGGUGUAUUCACUUAUCCACAACAACGUGGGAAGGGGUAUGCUAGAAUCAUGGUUAACAAGUUGGUUGAAUUGGCUAAACGUGACCUUGUUGGUUCCGAUGGGUUCAUGUUUUUGUAUUCUGAAAUUGGGGAAUAUUACGCCAAGAAUGGGUUUAAAUCUUUCCCUGUUGACUUGAUCAAUAUCCCUCUCAAGGGAGAAGUUGGUACAUCGGGCAAUUCUCCCCAAGUGGAUUACGAGUUGGUUGAAUAUCAUCAGUUUCAAGAUUUGAUGCGUCAAUACCGAGUCCAUUUCGAACAAGAAAUGGUCGCUAAGGUGAAACAAGACCACAAGACGCGUGUAUCAAUCAAACCUACUUCUGAUUUAAUCGAUUGGUUUCAUUUACGUGCAAAAUUCAUUACCCAUAAGUUGUUCCAUGAACCAAAGGGCCACACCAUCGAUUUCAAUAACGAAUACGAAACUAUCAAGGAUAGUUUUGCUCAAGAACCAAAGAUAUUUGGACUCAAGAUCAAACUGUCCAAUGGUGAAAUUGCUGGAUUUAUCGUUUGGACAAUUGAUUGGUUAGAAAAUGGUGAUGCAAACUAUGCGACAAUUUUAAAAGCGGUUGCAUUUGAUAAAGAAGCUCAAGAUGAGAUAGUUUUGAAUUUGAUCAAAUUGGCAAUUCAUCAAUUGGUCCAUUAUCCAAUACUUGGCAAACCUACCAUCAAUGUUAAGCUAUGGGAACUGGAGAUUAGUGAUAAUGUUGGACGAAAAUUGAUUGAGUUGUGGCCAGGCACGGAGACUAGGUUGGAGAAUUCAUCACGGUCGGGUAUCUUGAUUAAUAAUCCUGAAGAAGAGGAACAGUUGAAAAAAGGUCAGUUGAUUUGGGAAGAGAACACCAAAUUGCCUUGGUUUUAG